AUGGCAACUCAGAAGACAGAUGGCAGGGGCCAGGCAGCAGCUGAGCUACUUGAACAGAGAAGGGGUGGCCACUGUGAUGACAGGAAGCAGACGCUGUUAGCACUGCUGGUGUUGGUGCUGUACCUGGGCACAGGGAUAUCAGGAAGCAGCUGGGAAGUGUCGGGACAGAUCAGGGACUGCAACUACCCUCAGACCCCUGUGGCAUCGCAGGGUUUUGAAUAUCAGACGAAGGAGCCCGCUGAAGAGCCAGUAAGGACCCUCAGGAAGUGGCUGAAGAUCAACUUGCACGGCUUUUUGGAGAAGCUAGAGAAAGAAGUGCGAGAUCUGGAGCAGCUGGUGCGCGACCUGGAAUUCUGGCUGGAUGCGCUUCUUGGAGAGCCGCGCCCAGAGGACCCCUGCCUGCCCACAAAGGUCACUUGUGAAGGGCAGGUGCAGGGACCCGGGGAAGAGGGAAGAGGAGGUGACAAGGUCCGGCUCUGACACUUGCUGCUCCGGGCAGGCUUGAGAAAAUAAAGUGGCUGAAAGGCCAAAUGCACUGCUCGGUGCUCACGCCGUGAACACUGAGGAAGAAUA